UGGCACAGGAGAAGCCUUGUGCCCAUCCUUCUCCGUCGACACCGACGAAAGGGGAGGAAACCGACAAUGCUCAAUUCGGGCGCAUCUGAAAUAGAUCGCCGACAGGUUUUCAUAAAUGAAAGCUUGUUAGAAGUUCAUCACCUCCCCCUUGAUGAAGAUCCUCGGCUUGAGUAGCUUGAGAGCAUCCACUUCUACCUCAAACCUGGCAUACCCUAGUUUUCGAAGUUAAUUGGUGAACCCGUUGGGCCAGCGGCCGACCGACCGACCGCCGCCGCAAUAUUCUAGAUCGAAUCUUUUUCCCAGUACUCUAGUAGGAGGGAGAGGAACCGUAUCCACACCACUACUCAAUUCAGCGACUUGACGCUUAAGACAAAAUCCGGCAUCUAUUGCUCCAUGGCCAAAUGUUGGCCAUCCACCAACCACGAGUCACUGGCGAGCGCUGCAUCCUUGUCCCCCUCGCACCUGAAACGGAGGGUCAGGUGCUCCUCCACUAUCGGGAACGACUCGACAUCGUAGUCGAGCUUCCCCUUGAGCCUCAGUUCCCAGGCGACCCACUCCGUCGGCACUCUUUUCCAAACUUCGGACAAUAAGCAUCGUAGACGCUUAUGCCCUCCAAGCCUUCCCCACCCGCUCUGAUGGCAGCUCAAGCAUCUCCGUGAAGUGCCUCUGGAAGGUCUCGAGCUCCUCCUCCGUUAUGUGAUGGCUGGUCCACAUUGGUUGACGUGGUGGCGCCUGAGCCACCGUCGAUCAAGAGGGUAGCUUCUCCACCCCUCUAGGAGCUGGCCGAUCACCACCUACAUCCUUCCACUUAGCCUUCCGUUCCUCCUCUGCCAUCGCCUCCCCGUCUUCUCCGUACAUUCACUCAUCUCCGUGGACUACCAAGUGCUCUAUGAAAAGUCGCUGAGUCGCACAAAGACUGAUGCACUCACCAACCGGUCUUGAUUCAAGUCUAUUCAGAUCCAUCCUGGAACCAAACAGGCCAAGAAGUGACUCGCAUUUGGGGGUCGGGAGGGUUUAUUAGGGGUCAAGCCUGGCCAUGCAUCUUCAAACGUCACCGAUAUCGACCUUUAAAUCCUGGCCAUUCGAUAAAACUUCAAAGGUCUAGAAUUUCUCAAUUAUAAGAAAACCCUGAGCUUCGCUCGAGCUCGCUCUCGCGGCCCUCUCCUUCCGUCUCUUCUCUUCAUUCCGAGCACCCUUUCAUUCCGUUGGACGUCUAUUUACCUCCGCUCCCGUUCCCGUUCCCGUUCACUCAUCUUCAUUGGUUUGGGCCGCUGGUUAAGUAGCCUGCGGUCGCCGCCUCCUGUUUUUCUUCUGCGACGCAAUCGGUCGAACGAGAGAUGGCCGUAAUAACCACCGCCAGUAAAGCCUUCAAGGCGCCAUGGGCUCGCCUCCUCUCUCUGCGCUCCCUCUCCCAACUUCCCAACGGCGCCGCAAUCCAUCUCGCCGCCGCGCGAAGGCCUUCGAUCCGGUCCCUCCUUCCCCCCUCAAAAGCCGAGCCCCAGCUCGUCCGUUGCUUCUCGGCCAGUACAGUGAUGGGGGACCGGGUGGUCCAGGAGCUGCUGGCCGAGGUGGAGAGGGAGAAGCAGCGAGAGAGAGAGGAGAAGAAGAAAGCUGGGAUAGAGGUCGACGAGGAGGAAGAAGAGGAGGACUACAUGGGGGUGGGCCCGCUUAUAGAGAAGCUGGAGAAGAAGAAGGUCAAGGAUCUCGACAAUAUCGAUCAGUUCUGGGCGCCCACCGACUCCGAGAGCGAUGACGACGAGCGCUUCUCGCCUGACGAGGUGAAGAAGCGUGCGGAGGAGUUCGAGAAGAAGUGCAAGCGGCAUGCGGAGCUGCUCAAGAACUUCGCUGAGGCUGAAACUCUGGAUGAAGCUCAUAAAUGGAUGACAAGAAUUGACAAAUUUGAGGAGCGAUAUUUGAAACUGCCAUUGGAGUACAGGGUUAUCGGUGAUUUGAUGAAUCGCCUGAAGGAGACAACUGAGAGAAAAGACAGAUUCAUUCUUCUACAGAAGCUAAAUCGUGCUGUGAGGCUGAUGGAGUGCAAAGAGGCCUAUGACCCAAACAAUCCUGGAAAUUUUGGAGUCAUCCAGCGUCAGCAUGUUGGUUCUCCCGAGGAUGUGGUGGAUAAUGCUGGAUUUGAAAGGGAAAAGCAAAUGAUUCAAGGGGCCAGUCUUGGAGAAGAUGACGAAGAUUUCUCUGAAGCAAAAGAGAAGGAUGAUUUACUAUUGGAGAAACUAAAUGCCAUAGAGAAAAGGAUUGAGGAGAAGCUGGCAGAACUGGACCAUACAUUUGGAAAGAAGGGCAGAGUUCUGGAGGAGGACAUCAGAGAGCUGGUAGAGGAGAGAAAUUCUUUGACAGAAAAGAAAAGAAGACCUCUCUAUCGGAAAGGCUUUGAUGUGAAGGUAAUCGAUGUAAAUCGGACAUGCAAAGUUACAAAGGGAGGGCAAGUGGUGAAGUACACUGCAUUGCUUGCUACUGGAAACUACCAUGGAGUUGUGGGUUUUGCUAAAGCUAAAGCUCCAACAGCUCAGGUUGCUAUCCAAAGGGCAUAUGAGAAAUGCUUCCAGAAUCUUCAUUACGUGGAGCGAUAUGAAGGGCAUACUAUUGCUCAUGCAAUCCAUAUGAAUUAUGAGAAAACCAAGGUAUACCUCUGGCCAGGUCCAAUGAGAAGUGGGAUGUCAGCAGCAAGCAGAACUGUUGAAACUGUCCUGCGUCUGGCUGGUUUCAACAAUGUCAAAUCAAAGAUCAUUGGCUCAAGGAACCCACUUAAUGUUGUGAAGGCUCUUUUCAAAGCAUUGAAUGCUAUUGAAACUCCGAAGGAUGUCCAGGAGAAGUUUGGACGAACUGUUGUUGAAACAUACUUGUUAUGAAGCAAUCACAUCGGAGCACUCCAUUACAAUAUAAAAAAUUCUUCUGUUUGCAACAUUUCUUGGUGUUGCAGGCUACGGGGAUAUCUCUCCGCAAGCUAAGCCAAAUCCUCUUGAUAUUUUUUAGGUUGUUAGCCAUUUUUGCAACCAUCCUCUCUUUCCAGUCUAUGUACUGAAUAAUCACAAGCAACUUGCAUGUCCGCAUAAUGUAUAUGAAGACGAGAUAAGAUUGGAUCAUGGUUUUCUAGGCAUGACAGACUUUUCGAUGAGCAUAGUUGAGAUCUCACGCAGGUAAAUCUGCAAAGAUACCCCUAUCAA